GAGUCCGACUGCGCUGCCGCUGCCGCCCGACCGAGGCUGCGCCCGCGUCCCCGCGCCCCUAGCCUUCGCGCCGAGACCCCGGCGUGUCCGCGGGCCAGCCAGCCUCGGCCACCGUCCCCGGGCAGGCUCCGCAGAUCCCUCCAGGCUCCUGCCUCCGCCCCGAUGAAGAAAACCAACUUGUGGUUCUUGGAGCGGCUUCGUGGGUCAGGGGAGAAUGGAGCUACGGGGGGCGAGGGUGGGGACAGGGCCGCCAAGGGGCCCCUGUACAGCAACGUGCUCACGCCCGACAAGAUCCCGGACUUCUUCAUCCCCCCCAAGCUGCCCGCCGGCCCCACGGAGCCGGAGGCUCAGGCUGAGCUGGGGCCCUCGACCUCGGAGCAGAACCUGGCCUCCGCCGCGCCCCGCCGCGCCCCCCGGAGCCCCCGGCUGCCCGCCAAGCUGGCCGCCGAGAGCAAGAGCCUGCUGAAGGCGGCCACCAGGCAUGUGAUCCAGAUCGAGAGCGCGGAGGACUGGACCGCCGAGGAGGCCGCCACCAACGCCGACCCCCAGGCCCAGGGGGCCAUGUCGCUGCCUUCGGUGCCCAAGGCCCAGACGUCCUAUGGCUUCGCCACACUGGCCGAGAGCCCCCACACACGGCGCAAGGAGUCUCUGUUCCAUAGCGAGCACGGGGCUCUGGCCCAGGUGGGCUCCCCGGGCACCCGGCGCCGUCGGGGGGGCGUCAAGACCAACGGGGGCGAUGGGGCGCCCAGGGAGGCCGGCGGUGCCCUCAUGAGCCCCGGCCGCUGCGUCAGUGGCGGGGAGAGCGACACGGGGUCCUCGGCCGAGUCCUCGCCGUUCGGGUCCCCCCUGCUCUCGCGCUCCGUGUCGCUGCUCAAAGGCUUCGCCCAGGACAGCCAGGCCAAGGUGAGCCAGCUGAAGCACUCGGUGGGCCGCCACGGCUCCCUGUCGGCCGACGACAGCAGCACGCCGGACACCAGCCCUGGGGCCCGGCGCCGCCUGGCCCGCAAGGCCACCCCGGAGCCCGGCCCCGAGCCCGGCGCGGCGCCCCGCGCGGAGCACGCUGUGCGCAUGGGCCCGCGGGGCAGCGUGCGGCUGCUGGCGGAGUAUGAGGCGGCCCAGGCCCGCCUGCGCGUGCGCCUGCUGGCGGCCGAGGGCCUCUACGACCGGCUGUGCGACGCCCGCAGCAUCAACUGCUGUGUGGGCCUGUGCUUGGUGCCCGGCAAGCUGCAGAAGCAGCGCAGCACCAUCGUCAAGAACAGCCGCCACCCCGUCUUCAACGAGGACUUCUUCUUCGACGGCCUGGGGCCGGCCAGCGUGCGGAAGCUGGCGCUCAGGAUCAAGGUGGUGAACAAGGGCAGCAGCCUCAAGCGGGACACCCUGCUCGGGGAGAAGGAGCUGCCCCUGACCUCUCUGCUUCCCUUCUUGUAAAGGCCUCCGCGCCCCCUCCCGCCGGCAGAGGAGACCCCACCCCCACCCGGAUCCGGCAGGGGAGGUGGUUUCCGCUCAGGCUGGGCCCGGCCCUGAUGCUGCAGCCCAUGUUGGGGGUGUCCUGGGUCAUGCUGUUUUCCAGGUGUUAAUUUUUCCAGAGGAGAAGAGAGGGGGCUGCCGGGUAAAAGAAAGGGUCAGCUUGCAGGGCUGAGUCCCC